GUGGAUCAACAGCGCCACUUUUGAGCGCUGCCAGCACACCGGCAACACAUAUGUCAGACGGACGGUUGAGGAAACCAAGGGAACGUACGCAAAACAAUAUAGUCCUCCGUCAAAUGAGCAUGACCCAAAGAUGGUCCAAGACAGUGCUCAGAUGCGACAGCGAGGUGCCGAGGACUUUAUGGCAUACUAUGAAUACGCCUGUGCCAGGCAAGACUCUGUGCCACUCCCAGCGGUCAAGAUGAACCUGUCCGAAGGGAUACUGGACUUCAGUGGAGACAGGGUCAAACUGACAGACUGGCCACCCAUUCUCAAUUCGAUCUCCAUCAACAAACACCUAGGCCACAUUGCAAUCAUCAGUACAUACCAAGCUCGUCCAGGUGCUCGAGACACAGAUAGCAGGCACUACAAGUCCAUCAAUAGGAAGAAGAUCCCAGCCAUCCGUUCCAAGGAUAUAAUGCUGAAGUUGUGUAAAGCCAUUAGAGAUUGUCUCACUGUCUCUUCUAAACUCAAGACUCUGUACCUUAAUGGGCUUCCACUGAGCGAGAGGGACCUUAUCACUUUGACUAAGGGUUUGGCAAAAAGUGUUUCCCUAGAAAAGUUGUCUCUGGCUAAUUGCCCAAUUUCUGAUGAAGGGUUGGAAGUCAUUUGCCAAAGUGUGAAGUACUCUGCAAACAUCAAGGUGGUGGAUUUUACAGGAUGCAAUCUCACUUGGAGAGGAGCAGAGCAUAUGGCCAACAUCAUCAAGCACCAGGGUAUGCAGAGACAUGGCAAAGCGUGGGCAGAGUCAUUGAGGUAUCGGCAGCCGGAAUUUGAGGGAAUGGGGGGUCUUCGUCGCAUCACCCUCAGCUGUAACACUCUGAUAGGGGACAGGGGGGCUGCAGUGCUCGCCAAUGAGCUUGCAGAGGACCUUUGGGUUAAAGCUUUGGAUCUCCAGAAGUGUGGUCUGUCCAAUGAGGGAGCUCGUUGUCUCUUGGAAGCCCUUAGGACUAACUCUACUCUUUGCGUGCUGGACAUCCGGAAUAACCCUCUAGUUGACAACGUGCUCAUAAAGACGACAAUAGAGAAAGUCUUGAUGAAUGCUGACAGCCAGCCUCAAGAGUAUUACUGGAUCAAGCCUUCAGCCUUCAAAGAGCACCCUAAACUUUCUGCUCCCAGACGAGCACAGCCUGGUACAUUGAAAGGGAAAGCCACAUUCAGGAUAGCCCCUCCAAGAUUGACCUCAGCUGGAAAGCGGAGUCCGAGUUUUGCAUGGCAAUCGAAGCAUCAUUCCCACUCUAGUCAGGUGCCUUGGCGCGCUGCAGCUCGUGCUGGACGCCAGAGAGGUCUGCCCCCUGGCACUACUGUGACAGAGCAGAACUUUCAGGGUGCAGCGACAGUAAAGGUUACCCUGGAGUCAGACUCUGAGAAAGAAGAAGAGGAAAAGGAGAAAGAGAAGUUGGGGAUUGAAAUACAGCAGAGUCCCUCUUCUCUGAGCCUCAGACAUGGGCUCGCCGAACAACAGUUGAAGCGUUUGCAGAUGGAACUAGAGGAGUGUCGUUUGAGGUUGGCAGAGGAGCGCAAAGCAAGAUUGAAAGCCGAGUCAAGACUUAUGGAGUACCAGCUGAAGAAUUCCCGGCAUCGCAGCCUGAAUCUCUCCCUAUCAGGGAUGGUUGCUGACCCUGGUUCUGCACCAGCACCAGCUGUUUACAGCGCUCUUGAGGAUGAGGCAGUCCUAGACAGCAUUGAGAGUUCAUUCAACAAGUUCCAUGCCUUCCUAGACCUCCUGAAAGAUGCUGGCCUGGGUCAAUUAGCCUCCAUUGUUGGGAUUAACCAAUCAGACUUCUGCCCUUUGGGAAGACCCCAGCUCUCAUCUACUGUUGGACCAGGAUCGGGGGCAGUGACUGGAAAUGGAGAGGGAUAUAAGGAUAUUGGGGCAAAGCCUGAUGCCAUUUCUUUGAUAAGUAAUACCCUGCCUGCUCUCACAGGAGGCCAAGCUGACAGCUUCACUCCCAGGCUUCUGUCUGCUCCCAGAGAGUUCCUGAUGAAGGAUAAGGCCCUAGAAUCAUGUGUUAGCCAGGCUAGUGGACCUGCUAUAGACCCAAAUGUGGAUUUGGAAGGUGGAGGAGAGGAACCAGAUCAGUACUCAAAGCCAGAGGCCCAGCUGGACUCUGGAUCCGAGCGCAGUUGCUAUAGCCAAAAAUCCUAUGGCAGUGGUUUACCUGGCAACAGGAGUCCCCAAUUCAGUGGUUCAUAUGGAGAUGUGUCUAAACCAAGCAAUGUCCACAACAAUGGCAACUCUCACAAUAGCUACAGCAACUCACACCGUAGCAACUGUUCCCAUGAAUGCAGAUUCAACUACAGCAACAGCUACAGCUCCAUCCACAGCAAUACCUCCUAUAGCAACGGGUUCCAUGGUGACUUGUCAGUGAGGUCGAGCCUUGGUGAGAUCAUGAGCGAGCGAGCAGAUUCAAAGGAAUCAUUACAGUCAAAGAGCAGGGGAGAAGGGAGGAGAAUAACUGCAGGUCAUCAUGGGUCAGAGGGAGCAGAGAAGAAAGCCUACCUGGAGCCAGAGACUCUGGGGCAGAUCAGAUAUCUGGCCAGGGAAGAUAGGAAUUCUGAUGGCAGAUUUUUCUGAGCUAUUAUCCAAAAGAAAUGAACAGAUAGUUUCCUCUUAUUUCUAUUUCAUCGCUCUUAAUGUUGUUCUCUUUGUUAAUUUGUUUCAGUUGUUCAUCAUACUGAGAGAACAAUGCAUAGUUGGAUUCAUAUCUCUGUAGGCCCUUAUCCUUUCCCUGCUAAAUUUCCUAGAGAUGUAAAUGCCGGUGGUCUUUGUCUUCUGUCCUGAUUUUAGCAAUUAUGCAACAGGAUUGAAGAGAAAUUCUGUAACGGCCUCUUUGAUUUGACCCAGAAAUCAACUAUGGUAAAUGAAUAUCAGCAAAGGCACAAUAGAGAAAAACACAACCUGACUUGAAAUACAGUUUUGCUUCUGGUUUUACUCAUAUUGCUCUUUCUGGUGCUUUUGUAAGGAAUCCUUUGAUGGUGACAUUUUAAUGCCAUAUUGUUAUGCUGCUGAAUUCCAAGUAUGAUUUUAAGUUGGUUUUAUGAUUAUUAUUUUUUUAAUAGUAAAACCUUUCAUGUGUAAUUGUAGCAUUUUUAUAACCCUUUUGUAAU